AUGAAGCGACCCAGCUGUAUCCUGCCGCCUGACCACUUUGCCUCGCUCGGGCCUGCCGGUUCUCUGGGAUCGCCCAACUGGCUCAGAGCGGCACGAGCGAGCCCAGCUGCAUCCAUUCGAACAGAUUCGGUCAAAUCUUACACAAUGCCAGGCCGAUCGCCACCGCGCAAAGCACCUCCGCCGCCUACUCAGCAGGAAUGGAUGGAUCUGACGAGCACUGACAUCGCAAAGGACUCUGAUGUCAUUGACAUCACGACAACUUCGGGACAGCGCACAAGUCAGCGAGAAGCGAACCAUCUACCUCGACAGCCCAAGCUAUCGACACCCAGUCUCGAGAUCAAUAGUUUCUCUAUCAGACCACGCAAGGAAAGCAAUAACAGUUUGUCACGCAUAGCACCUCCCCCGCUCAAUCUGGGCAAAGUACACGAGGAAAACUUUCCGAAACCGGCAAAGACGGCUUGUGAGCCAGAUUCACCUAUUGACAAGGCCCUCGCUCGGCGAUCGAACGAAACAGCCAUCUCUCGCGCAUCUACCAUCACAGCCAUUGCUGCAGGGACGGCUGCAAAAGCUGCGAGACGAACGCGCCGCGCCAGUAUGAUACAAGCUGCCCUGCCCGACAUCCCUUCUUCGUCACUUCUGACGCCUUGGACCACUUCAGUCGACGAGCAUUUGCCUUCGCUCGAAUAUGUUACUAAGUCUACCUUGCCCUUCCAAGCAGAACAGACGGUGGGAAUGGAUAUCGAUCUAGCAAUCUCUCUACCCAGCGGUGCGGUCGGCCAAGCAGGUUCGCCCACUUUCAAUGCAAUAACAGAAUAUGAGCAAGACGACUCGAGCUCGACCAAGUCUGUCAAUCGGUUACGGGAGCUGAUGCUGGAUCCAGCAAAGAUCGCGCCCCACCCUCGUACGACAAGCAUGUCAGUUGACUUGGGGAUCGCGUACAAGAAGCCAUCCAACACGCCUGACGCUCCUUCGCCUUCGCUGCAUCUGUUCAGCAUUCUGCUGGACCACGCAAAGAUGACCCUAUCGCAGGCAGAUAUUCACAAAAUGCUAGAUUCUGCUCGAGUGCAUCUAUGCCGCAAAGAUUUGCAUCUGCAGAGCGAUGGCCUGGACCAGCUUGGCAUGCGCAUCCAAAGUGAGGCUCGCUCAUACACACAAGAGCAAACACGGUACGAGGGCGAGAAAGAGCAGCGAUCACGAUGUGUCCUACGGCACGUUGAUCAUCUCGAGCAAAUGAACACUCCCGAAGCAUCACGGCAUCUCCAGGCCGCUGUUGCUGCCAUCGGACGAGCUGAUAAGCUUGCGACCGCGUGUCAUGAACGACAGGAAAGGCUGCAUCAAUUGAAUGUGCUGCAACUGGAGCAUCUUCUGGCAACUCGACAAAUCGAGCUGGAACAGCUGCAGCAGAAGCUGCACGAGUCGCGCGCAGAACAGGCUGCACUUUCGAGACGUCUAGACGCGCUGGCUCAAUUGGGCAGCUCGCUGCUCUCACCCACGCGCAUCGAAGAGUUGGGCAACUUAGCCAAGGCAGCCACACCGCUGCUUGUAGUAUCGCCUCAAACGGACACGAUCUUUGCGUCACUGAACACCCUGCCAUCCGUGACCGACGAUCCUUUCCUCUGUCCAACAGCAGCUGGCUCGAACGCCCCGUCAGACCUGUCUGACUACAGUAGCCAGCCAUCGCCCAAGCAGGAUUCGCCUCGUCAUUCGAAGCGGACGACGCUCUAUAGAGCCAGUCUGCCAAAGUCAAAAGCGCGUUACAGCCGGUUGAAAGCAGCGCGGCGUUCAUUGGGUGCAAUGGCAGCUUCACCCGCUAAGCUGUUCCAGAACGCACCAAGCCUGCCGACCUCUGAAUUUCUUCUGCCUGGCGCACUUUCGCGCCGUCCAUCGAAGGAGUCAAUCGCCACUGCCACUAGCAGCUUCUCCGACGCAUCGAGCUCAAAGUCGACUCACAAGACAGUCAGGAGCAGACGAUCGCUUUCGGAUUUGCUGACUGGCUCACCUCUUAGCUCAUUCCCCAUCGCAGACUCCAACUCGGAUACUAUCGAGCCACUCUUUCUUGAUGACUGUGAUCUUUUGCGCGCCGACUCUGUGAUCCGUAUAAUUCAAUGA